CCUCGCCUCCGCGCCGCCGCGGCCCAGCCCUCUUCCAACCCCCCCGAGUAAUAUGAAUGAGCUUCUCAUACAGUCUUUACUGUUGGACCGCUACAACACACAAUUUUUGGGCCUACUUCGAAAACUCACCCUCCCUUUUGCAGAUAUAUUCCCUGCUCAUAGUAUGAAAGAAAGGCAAGGUCGCUACAUAGAACUACCAGCGAAACCAUGCAGUUAUCCCAACAACAUUGCCACCAGCCGGUGCACCACCAAUGCUAAAACUUCCAGCCACAUCAAACAAAAGAUUCAAAAUGCCAUCAACAAAGCCAUGCAAGGAGAGAAAGAAGAUUCUGGUGUUUUCAUUGGUGGACGCAGGAGGAACAGGAGAAGAAGGCCCAAUAAAAACAAACCAUGUGAGUAGGACCACUUGCCCUCG